CACUCCGUUUCGGGCUUCGCUUCGUUGCCGACCCCGCUGCGUGCGGAGCGGACCUUGGGCGGCGGGGACAGGGGCAGGUUCCCCGGGAGGGCUCUUCCCCGCCCCGCCAUGGAAAGCGGGAUGCUGUCUCGCACGCAGCAGGCGCUGAUCCGGGAGAGCUGGCGGCGGGUGAGCUGCAGCCCUGUGCAGAACGGCGUCGUCCUCUUCUCCAGGUUGUUCGAUCUGGACCCUGACCUGUUGCCCCUUUUCCAGUACAACUGCAAGCGGUUCGCCAGCCCCCAGGAGUGCCUGGCCGCUCCCGAGUUCCUGGAUCACAUCCGGAAGGUGAUGCUGGUGAUUGAUGCAGCUGUCAGCCACCUGGAGGACUUGUCCUGCCUGGAAGAAUAUCUCUGCAACCUCGGCAAGAAGCAUCAGGCAGUCGGUGUGAAGGUUGAGUCCUUCUCGACAGUUGGCGAGUCUUUGCUGUACAUGCUGGAGAAGUGCCUGGGUGCUGCCUUCAGCCCGGAUGUGAAGGAGGCCUGGAUCAAACUCUACAGUGCAGUGGUGAAAGCCAUGCAGGGUGGCUGGGAGGUCCUCCCAGAGGGAGACUAGCCCCAGACCUGACCCUGCACAGGGUGAGCUCUAGUCCUCUCUGCCUCUCUCCACCUCAUUCUGUCUCUGCACACCAGCCCACCUCCUCCAGCCACAUGUGCCAGGUUCUCUUUGUGAUCUCACCUUGCUUUGACACCGCCAUGUCCCUGCUGUUCCUGGUGGCCACAGGGUAUUUCCCUGUAGCCCAGAGUGUCCAGCACAGCACCACCACCCAGUGUCAGGUUCCUGUGGGCCAGCAUCUGUAGCUGUGCUUUGGCCUUCUACUGGCUCCCUGCCCUCCUUUUGCUGCCCAUCCCCAUAAGAUGACCACUGGUGAUGACCUCUCAAGCCCCACAGCGAGCUCUCAUCCUGCUCUGCUACUUACCUGGCAUCACCCUGGGCAGUGAUCUUGUGCUCCUCUGCCCUGUUGAGAGCCUUUUCCUGUGUGAGGCUGGUUGCAGUGUAGUGUGUUCCCUGGGAGCAUUUCCAGUGGUGGGAGAUGGCAUUAAUGCCAAGGUAAGGCUGCUUUCAGUGAUAUAGGCUGCUGCCCAGAAGGGUUCCUGUUGACUUGGCCAGUCAAUUUUAUUGAGAGAGCUGGCUGAAGUGCACCAGCAGCAGUGCUUAUUUGAUGUUUUGUAUUAAGAAGAAUAAGGCAAAUACAAGAAAUGAUGUCUUAAAAUAACAGUGAAGGUUGCAAUCAUGUCAUGGCAACAGCUUCUAGAAAUGAUUCUGGCUCUUGGCCAGGGGAAGCAUGGCUGGAAUUUCUCUGCUCAUGCUGGCAGGACCUGGAGUGCUUCCCAUCUGCACACAGUGCCCAUCUGCAGAACUUCUUCACCAUGCAGAAAUAACUCCACCAUACCUGAGACACAGCCACCAAGGAGGGGAGAAGGCACACGGUUAGCACAGAGCAGCAGGGCCAUGUUAGGGCACCUGCCAGAAAGCAUCUGAGGACAUGGCUGGGAAGCAGCACCUGCAUACUCCAAGGGAGCUGAACUUGAUGUCUAUGGGGAAGUCAUCACAGGGUAAGGACAAGGAGCAAGUGCUCAUCUACAGCCAGUGCCCUUUUUCACUGCUCCUUCAGGGCAGGAGCCCAGUGUUUGGGGUUGUGAUUGUCCCUCUUGUGACACAUCCCUCCUGUGCUGACCUAUCCUCCCUCUGGGCAGGAGGGCACUCCACCAGACAUGUCACUACCUCCCUGUCCCCUGCCCUGUGGUGCUGGUGGGGGUGCUGAGCACACAGCAAGGACCCUGAUUGUGAGGGGACUGGUGUCAGGGCAGAGCCAUAUGUGCCACGCACGCUGUCCUCCCCAUGAUAGCAGGCUGUGCUCCUGCAGUCUAGUACAGGGCAGGAGGGGAGGGAAAUGGGGCAGCUCCUGUUGCAGCCCUGAUCUGUAGCAUCAGCACCAUGGGCAGGAACACUCUGAACCUACGUGGCAGGUAGAUGGGUGUGUGAGAGAUGGAGUGUGUGCUACUGCAAGAAAUGGUCCCCUUGUCCUUUAGCUUUCCUUCUUCUUUUGUGCCAUACUUUGUGUGAUUCCUGGGGGAAACAAAUUGUCUGUGUGCCUCUCUUAUACCCAUCUGUGCUGUUUAAUAAAGAACAAUUGAGAGUCUC